AUGGAAUCAGUUUCACUCGAUAUUCUAGAACUCAUCUUGGCACGACUUCCCGUCAAGUCUCUCCUUCGUUUCAAAAGCGUCUCCGCAUCAUGGAACGAUAUCAUCUCAGAUAAGGACUUUGCCAUAGCACAUUUCCGUCAAUCCAAGAAUUCAUCGUCAUCGUUCUAUCAACAUAUGUUUCUUUUUUUGUCCCGUCCUGAGAAGGCAUUCCGUCUCUCCAAAUUGGAAGACGAUGGAUUGAAGCCAUUGAGCAAUGACCUCGAAUACUGCUCGGAUCCAGGCUGCCACCUCGAGAUAGGGCAAUGCUGCGAUGGCCUAAUACUCGUCUCUUCCAAUAUUCAUGGACACUAUUCUAUUAUCCUCUGGAAUCCAUCUGCCAGGAAGAAUAUUAAUUUGGGAUUCCCUUUUCAGUCUCCGUGUAAUUUUGCAUAUGGCAUCACUUUCGAUAAAAUGUCGAAGGAUUACAAAAUAGUAGUCGCCGAUAUGAAGGCAAAGCAAUACGCAGUGUUCGACAACAUAAGCCAUCGUUGGAAAGAAUUGAGAAGUAUAGUGGAGAUAACAAUCGAAGAUGACAUUAAAAACUUCCGUUUGGAUGACCAUAUGAUCUGUUUGAGUAAAAGGGUUAAAGAUCAAAGAGAAUCUGAAACUUAUGAUAUUGAAAUGAUCUUCUUCGACACAAGGGACGACAAGUUUUAUAAAUUUCGUUACAACACAGGGGCGAGCGUUGAAAAUACAUAUUGUCUUGUCGAUUGUUCGCCCAGCCAAUUUUGCAUGAUCAUUGGUGAUAUUGACAGUGAUACAUGCCGUGUUAUGGUGAAGAAAACCGAUAAAGAAUGGAUGGAAUUUGAUGGCCUGCGGAUUCCGUGGGUGAUGUUGUGCGAAUGGCGUUGCAAGAUGUACCUGAACGACAAUGGUAGCGAGCUAAUAGUUAUUUCUCACGGACAUUUUAUAGUCUAUAAUUUGAUCGAAGGAAAGAGUAGUAUGAUUUUGAAGCCGGACGAUUCAAUUGGUGAAUAUCCUUUGCUCGGAUAUUCGGAUAAUCUCUUCUUCAGCGGCUUCUAG